CCGUUAGGAGGCGCUGUGGGAUGAACCGUCAGUAAACAUUGAAGCAGAAAGCUGUUACUCGCAUCACAUGUGAGUCAUUCGUCUGUGUUGAUGCCUGAUGCCCGACCAGCGCUGCUUUCCUCAGUCUGCAUGUGAAUUCGGUGUCUUCUUUAUAUACAGUCCAUGAUCGUACACCGGUGCCUUGAACGCAUCACAGGGAAGGGUGACAUUAUAAACGAAUACAUAUGAGAGCACAUAAACACAUCUUACUGAAAGAUCAGAUGUCUGGGACUGCGAACACAUCUGCGACCCCGCAGUCCGCAAAAAUGAAAAAGGACGAAUCUUUCCUCGGGAAAUUAGGAGGAACCCUGAUACGAAAGAAAAAGUCUAAAGAAGUGAGUGAUCUCCAUGAGGAGGGGAGAAAUGCCAUCAACGCUCCCAUGCUUCCUACAGGGACAGACAUCCAUCCAGAGGACACACUGAUGGAGGAAAACGCUGAGAGGAUCAUGUUGGACCCAACAUCGCGGGAAAAUCUUAAAUUUAAAGAUCUUUUGAAGGUCUUGAUUGACUGGAUCAACAGUGAAUUGGAGGAAGACAGGAUCAUAGUCAAAGACCUGGAGGAGGACUGUUAUGAUGGACAAGUGCUUCAGAAGUUAUUUGAAGAGUUGUCAGGCAGGAAGCUGAACGUGGCCGAGGUGACCCAGUCAGAGAUCGGCCAAAAGCAGAAGCUUCAGACGGUUUUGGAGGCCGUCAACGAACUGCUGAGGCCUCACGGCUGGACCAUUGAGUGGAGUGUGGACUCUAUUCAUUCAAAGAACCUGGUGGCUAUUGUCUAUCUGCUGGUGGCUCUCGCGAUGCAUUUCCAGGCCCCCAUCAGACUGCCUGAGCAUGUUUCUGUGCAGGUGGUCGUCAUCAAGAAACGAGAGGGCAUCCUGCAGACGGCUCUUGUGACCAAGGAGCUGACGAGCACCACAGAAAUGAUGAUGGGAAGGUUUGAGAGGGAUGCGUUUGACACUUUGUUGGAUCACGCACCUGACAAGCUCAACGUGGUGAAAACGUCUCUCAUCACCUUUGUGAACAAACACCUAAACAAGCUGAACCUGGAAGUUACUGAGCUGGAAUCUCAGUUUGCUGAUGGCGUGUACCUGAUAUUGCUGAUGGGGCUGCUAGAAGACUACUUUGUCCCUCUGUACAACUUCUUCCUCACUCCUGAGAGCUUCGAACAGAAGGUCCACAAUGUGGCGUUUGCCUUUGAGCUGAUGCAGGAUGGAGGCCUGAAGAAACCCAAAGCCAGACCAGAAGAUGUUGUCAACCUGAACCUCAAGUCCACCCUCAGAGUCCUCUACAACCUGUUCACCAACUACAAAAACUCUGAUUGAACUUUUCCAGUUUCACCCCCCUAUAUACUUUUGAUCGCUGCCCUGUGCCUGCACAGAUACUAUGCAUUACAGUCUGGACACUGGAGGAGACCAACUGGGACUUAAAAAUCAUUAUUAUGUGGGACUUAAAAAGACCCAUGGAGAGUAGCCAGAAAAAGGCUCUUAAUGUUAGUAUUUAAUUUCCCCCCAAAUGUCAGUACUUAUUUAUUACUUCCUCAAAUGUUAAAUGCAACCCAGUAAACCCUUCAACCUUCAGCCUGCAUUUGAAUACACACAAUAGCCAUGACAGGAAAAGGAAUGUUAAAACUGUAAAACAUUUGUGUGUUAACCUGGUUACUCUCCAGAAUAUUUAAGAAAGUUGAAAUGCUUUAAGAAAGUUGAAAUAUAUAUAUAUAUAUAUAUAUAAAGUAUCUAAAAUUAAUAUGUGUAAAUAUUAAAAGAGUAGUUUUUGGAAAUACACGUAUUCGCUUUCUUGCCGAGAGUUCGAUGAGAAUACUGAUACCACGCUCAUGGUUUGUAUGGUAAAUAUUAAAACCAGCAGCUGGUCAGCUUAGCAUAAAGACUGCUAACAGGGGAAAUUGCUACUCUGGCCCUGAUCGUAAAUAACAAAAUCUGCGUACCAACACAUCUAAAGCUCAUGUAACACAAAGUGUAAAAACAACAAGCUACAGAAUUUUUUUUAAAGUUUCAGGUUGGACAACAAACUGCGCACCAUAGAAAGGUUGUGGUGCCUUUAUUUUAUGCUCAAAACAUCAUUGCCAUGUAAUCUAUAAAAAAUGUAGAUACUGUAGCAGACAUUUUGCCUUUAGAUAAUCUUCACAAAAUGCAAGAAGAAAUCAACAAAAUGUAUCAUUUCAGCUUUCUUGUUCAUUUUAAAAACAUUGUUUGGAAAACCUCAUUUUAAUAGUAAAUAUACUGUCUAUAGCAUAUAGAAAUAACUAUUAAAUACAUUUGAUUAUGUGAAUUUAAUGCAGUUUAAUAACCACAUCUAAUUGCUUGACGUCAACUAGAGCCAAAAGCUGAAGCAGUUAUACUGCUAAGAUAGUACUGUUAGCAAGAUUAGCUAGCUUUUUGCUACAUUGUGACUGGAUUUAGCUGCUGCUUCAUAAUGCUUCAAUAAUGUGGAAAACAAACUAAAAUACCAAGAUUAAUUAACAGAUAACUAUAUAGGGAAAAACAAUCAGUACAUUUAAAUUUAACUAAGGCUAGCUGGCCUGUGGCUAUCUGACCAGCUGGCUUUCAGAUGAUAUAGCGCUCUUUUUUUGUAGCUGUCUAGUUGGCUGUGUCUUGUGAUAGUUAGCGCAGUUAGUUUACUAUUUAGCACAAAGUAGUUUUGCUGCAUUGUGCCUUUGUAGGGCAGAGCUGUUUCCUCCUACGUUCAUCUUUAUGCUAAGCUAACUCGUGACUGGCUAUACUGUAUCUUCCAAUUAAUGGGUGUAUAUAUCUACGAGUGGUAUUGAUCUAAUUCUCAACUCAUGACAAGAAAGUAAAUAAGAAACUAUUCCUUUUAUACUAUUCCUUUACUGGUAAUAUCUGAAAUUCAUUAGCAUAUUCUUAUUCAGCUAGGCUAUAUAUAUAUACUUGUUGUUUUUACAUAAUCACUUUUACUUGACAGAAAGGAACUGUGAAUGGUACAGUACUCAUUGACUCUGAACUAUGAACACAGCACACCGCAUGCUAUUGCCUUAAGUGCGUGCUCUCUCCGUCCCGGGAGAGCCCCUGUCAGAGUGUCUUUGUAUGACUGGCCUUUCAGAUGAGUCUCUGAGGAGGCCUGGACCUCACACUGCUCUCCCGAAGCGGGGCAUGGGCCCCCUGCUAAGAUGCACAGUGCACGACCACUCAAGCAUUUUAGAGCCGGUGGUGAAUUAUUGAGAAAAUGGAUGAGUCAGUCUAAAUCGCGCUUGCGCUGGAUGUCUCAUUCUUGUGCGUUUUUUUUUUUUUUAAAUCUUGCCUAUCAACAAAUAAAUGCCUGAAAUCCAA